AUGGCGACGAUCACAGCCUCCGUCAUGGAGGCAUCACCUCACCACUCCACCACAAACACCCCUUCUUCCGCAGACGACACCAACCUCUGGACACCGGCACAAGAAUCGGCACUCCUCCAAUCCAUCGUGCGCUGGAAACCGGUGGGGAUGCACAAACAUUUCCGGAUGAUCGCCAUCCGGGACCACCUCCUGUCCAGCGGGGCUAUCAACCCGGAGGACAGCCACACCUCCACGGCAGGGAUCUGGCGAAAGCUAGCGAGCCUGUAUGAUUUGGAAAAGCUGGAUGAGCGGGAAGACUCCAUCAUCUUCGACGGCUCGGGCGUGGGGGCCGCCAGCGGCGUCGAGGAUGACAGUGGCGGCGGCGGCGACGAGUCACGGAGGAGUGUCAGCAGUUCGAGGGGCGCAGAGUACUGGCGCGAAUUCGAACUGCCGCGGGACGAGUUCGAGGAGAUGAUGUGGGAGAGACGGCUGGCGCUGGGAGAAAGCACCGAGAGCAGUCCGCUGACGCAGCCGCCGAGCCCGGACGUCGUGUCCGCCGCCGCCGGCACGAGGCGGGAGAGCACAGUAGCGGACACGGACGAGCCGCGGAGCUCGCCUGUCAGCGUCUCAGGUCGGAUGUCAGGGAGAGGAGGCAGAGGAGGACGCGCCUCGACCCGCGCAGGCGGCGGCGGUGGCGGCGGCAGGCUGUCACGGCUGCAGAACGAGCUGGAGACGCCGAAAGGCGAGCGAAGCGCAAGCAGAAGGACGAGUAAGGCGCCGAGCAUCGUAGAGCAGGAGCAGGAUGAGGACAAGGUGAUGGAGGACGCGGACGACGAGGACGGCGAAGAGGAGGAGCACGAGGAGAGUACGCCCGCCGAGGAGGACGAGGACGAGGAGGAGAGCGAGGAACACGAGGAAGAGGAAGCCGAGCAGAAGAGGAGCGGGCCUUCGAAACGAGGUCGCGGCGGAGGACGCAGAGGAAGAGGCAGGAAACGGGGGCGAAGGUAA